UGUUCGUGCACCGUGCUCCGCGAACCACGGGAUUGCGACUUCUACCAGAUCCACCAAACCCUCAAAACAAUCUGAGCCGUCCAUUUUAUUUUGACCUCAUCUAUAUAUACUCUCUCACUACCUCUAGUUUUUCUUCGCACACUUCUCUCUAUCUCUCUCUCUCUGCCCAUAUUUUCAAAUCUCAGAUCUAGAGACCUACCCAGAGAGAGUAAUGGCGUUGCUCGUUGAGAAGACGUCGAGUGGCCGUGAGUACAAGGUCAAGGACAUGUCUCAGGCCGAUUUCGGUCGUCUCGAGCUUGAGCUCGCUGAGGUCGAGAUGCCUGGACUCAUGGCUUGCCGUACCGAAUUCGGCCCUGCUCAGCCAUUCAAAGGCGCUAGAAUCACCGGAUCUCUCCACAUGACCAUCCAAACCGCCGUUCUCAUCGAAACCCUAACCGCCCUCGGCGCCGAAGUCAGAUGGUGCUCCUGCAACAUCUUCUCGACCCAGGACCACGCCGCCGCCGCAAUAGCUCGCGAUUCCGCCGCCGUUUUCGCCUGGAAGGGUGAGACGCUUCAGGAGUACUGGUGGUGCACGGAGCGUGCUCUUGACUGGGGUCCAGGUGGUGGUCCAGAUCUGAUUGUUGAUGAUGGUGGUGACGCGACUCUCUUGAUCCAUGAGGGAGUUAAGGCUGAGGAGAUCUUUGAGAAGACCGGUCAGGUUCCUGAUCCGACUUCCACUGAUAACCCUGAGUUCCAGAUCGUUUUGUCGAUCAUCAAGGAAGGUCUUCAAGUUGAUCCUAAGAAGUACCACAAGAUGAAGGAGAGACUCGUUGGUGUUUCAGAGGAAACCACCACUGGUGUCAAGAGGCUUUACCAGAUGCAGGAGAGUGGUGCUCUUCUCUUCCCCGCCAUUAACGUUAACGACUCCGUCACCAAGAGCAAGUUCGACAACUUGUACGGUUGCCGUCACUCUCUCCCUGACGGUCUCAUGAGGGCCACUGAUGUCAUGAUCGCCGGAAAGGUCGCCGUUAUCUGUGGUUACGGAGAUGUCGGAAAGGGUUGUGCGGCCGCCAUGAAAACCGCUGGUGCCAGAGUCAUCGUGACUGAGAUCGAUCCCAUCUGUGCCCUCCAGGCUCUCAUGGAAGGACUUCAAGUUCUGACCCUUGAGGAUGUCGUCUCAGAAGCUGACAUCUUUGUCACAACCACCGGUAACAAAGACAUCAUUAUGGUUGACCACAUGAGGAAGAUGAAGAACAACGCCAUUGUGUGCAACAUUGGUCACUUUGACAACGAGAUCGACAUGCUCGGACUCGAGACUUACCCAGGUGUGAAGCGUAUCACCAUCAAGCCCCAGACAGACAGGUGGGUGUUCCCAGAGACAAAGACCGGAAUCAUCGUUUUGGCUGAAGGUCGUCUCAUGAACUUGGGUUGUGCCACUGGUCACCCAAGUUUCGUCAUGUCUUGCUCUUUCACCAACCAGGUGAUUGCUCAGCUCGAGCUCUGGAACGAGAAGUCGAGCGGUAAGUACGAGAAGAAGGUUUACGUUUUGCCUAAGCAUUUGGAUGAGAAGGUUGCAGCACUUCACUUGGGCAAGCUUGGAGCAAGGCUUACUAAGUUGUCAAAGGACCAAUCUGACUACAUCAGCAUUCCCAUUGAAGGACCAUACAAGCCUGCUCACUACAGGUACUGAGGAGAGAUUGGACAGAGCAGCGGUUUGGUUCUGCUUCUGGUUUGUGUCAGGUUAUUGUGGAAGAUAUUGGUCUUCUGAUGAAGUUGACCAAUUAUCGUUCUGAAUAAGGGUUGUGCUUGUUUUUCUUCAUUUUUCUUGAAACUUAAAUUAGCUUUUGGUUUAGUUCCAUCUUGAUUUUUAUUUUGUGUGUUUUUGUUCAACGUUGUACUCUUAAAACAAAUGAGUAACGAAAAAUGAAAAUGGGAAACUAUUUUCCGCAUCUCAAUUUAUUAAUUUCUUUGUCUUACGACUUUACUCUGUUUAUUACUCUGUUUAAAUGUGAGGUGAAGUGUUUUGGGAAUCACUGGAAGAUAAGAAAACAGAAUUAUAACUACAACCGCAAUGCCUUUAGAUCAUCAGCAUCAAACGUUUCAAACGUGUACAAUCAUUACUACAACCGCAAUGCCCUAAUUGCAAACUUUUGGUGGAGUUCAAAACAAAACAGUAGGUAUGCCCUAAUUUGCAUGGGACAAAAAUUUAUGUUUCUCGAGAAGAGGGAGUACUGGGUUCAGAGAUCUACAUGACUUCAACAUUUCAUUGCUAGCAAAGCACCUAUGGCGCUUAAUUCAAUAUCCAUCUUCCCUUUUGGUUAAGAUGAUGCAAGGGAGAUAUUACCGUCUAUCAAGCCCUCUAAAUGUAGAUAAAACCCUACUCUCCAUCGUAUGGGUGGAGUAGCAUCAUGGCCGCGAGACCUCUUCUCCUCCAAGGCCUACGUAAGACCAUUGGAUCGGGAUGUAACACUAGAGUUUGGAGCGAACC